CUCACAUCCAUUGCUCUCUGAGCCAAUUCGAUACUGGGCACGAACUCGAUUCGGAAGCACGCGCUGUCUCCACUGCCGCCGGCGGAAUCUUCACGGUUUCAGCUACUCUAAAGCCCGACUCACGAUCCGGUAUUAACUGUUAUCGGUAUUUUUCGAGCUCUGACCGACGCGGGGUCAUUAAAUCGCCGAGCCUUUUCUGUGCCCCGCGACCGAUCAGCCCAAAACAAAGACGAAGAAGCUAUGGCGCCCUCUCAAGCAACCCAUGUGCCGAACCUGGACGGCUUGAUCAAGUCGUUCGGCAGCCGGAGCCUGGAGGCCUCGGUCGAAUCGCUGAUAUUCCUCCUUAAGCGGCGGCAAGUGAAGGGCGACGAAUGCGCCAAGGCAACAGCACACAUCCUCCGUCAGGUCGUCGCCAAAUCUAGAUGGAACGAUGUCGACCAGCUUUUGUUCAGGGUUCAGAGCACUGGGUCAAGGCUGGUUCGGGCUGCGCCGCUGGAGCCCGUCAUCGGAAACGUGGUGCGGCGCGUCUUGGGUCUCAUCCGGGACGAGGCAUCUGAGGAGAGGAAUGCCGACGACCUGGUCAGCGAGGCCGCUUCCGACAUCCAGAGUUUGAGUCCGAGCACGCACCCGCCACCACAGCGACCUGCCCCGGUUCCCGUCCCCGUCCCCGUCCGCCCUUCUCCUUCGGCCAUCUCGACAGGCCUGCAGGUGUCCAAGUCCAUGUUCAACCUGUUGUCCGUUGCAGACCCUGGCGACUCGCCCAUAACGGGAGCUUCGACGCCCAUGUCACAAGCCCAGCCCGCCAGCCUUCACGCUCUACGGUCAGAGGUCAUGGACGGGAUUGAGGAGAUUUUGGACGAGAUCAAUCAGGCCGAUGAUCAGAUUGCGGGUUUCUCAGAGAUCCAGAUCCACCCUGGCGAUUACGUGCUGGCCUAUCAGCCCACAAGGACUGUUGAGAGGUUUUUGGUGAAGGCUGCAUCAAAGAGGAAAUUCACCGUCAUCAUCGCCGGCCUGGAAUACCCUGAUGGGACCGCCGAGGCUCCCUAUGCCGCUUUGCGCAAGAAGCUCAACGCGGCCGGGGUGAACACCAUUAACCUAGCGAGCAACGGUCUAAUGGCUUACAUACCCCGGGUCAACAAAGUCAUAUUCAGCGCAAAGGCCGUGUACCAGAACGGAGGGCUGCUGGUAGACAGCGGCUGCUGCAUUGCCGCUCAGGCCGCGCACGAGUACCUCAAACCUGUCAUUGUUCUCUGCCCAGUUUAUAAGUUUUGUCCCGAGGAUCCGUCGGACGAGGUGUCCCGGGGAGAGCUUGGAAAUCCGUCCAGUUACGUGAGCUAUGCGAACGGGCCUGCGGUGGAGGCGCUCGAUGUUGAAAACACGGUCACGGACUACAUCCCGCCAGAGCUCGUCGACGUCUACCUUACCAAUCUGGGUCCCCAAACGCGACACCAUCUCGCCAGCAUUUUGGCAGAUCAUUACAAGACUGAGGAUAUAGGCUUCUCUAUGCAGCUUGGCGAGCCUUGAAGCCGGUCCGCAUCGGCAACUCCGACCUACUGCGGUAUUGUAAAGCCGCCAAAGGACGCGACAGCUCCUCGUGGCCCUAAACUAGAAAUGGAUAGACACUGCUUGCAGUCGCCUUGUGGUCACAUCCCUCGGACUAGCUGCACGCCCAAAAGCCGCAUCAAUGGGCCGCGUCAGCCCGGUGCGGAUUGCGUGGAAUGGAAGGAUGCGGGGAACAAAACGGGACCCCCCAGCAAUGGGGCGAUGUCUGCCAAGCCCUCAGAUCGCACUCGCUUAAGCUCUGCCACGGGCGUCUUGGCG